AUGUCUUUGACAGUUGUCUCUGCUCCCGGCAAAGUUCUUCUAACGGGUGGAUAUCUGAUACUUGAUAGAGAAUAUGAGGGACUUGUAGUUGGAACAAGUUCUCGCUUCUACACUGUAAUUCGACCUGGUGAUAAUUCAUCAAAAAUUAUUGUCCACGCUCCACAGUUUGACGACCCAAACUGGGAUGAAAAGGAUAGAUGUAAUAUUUUUAUUGAGACUGUCCUAAAAUAUAGUUUAUCAAUUAUUGCAAACCGUAUUUCCAGCCAAAAGUUCGAUGAAUUAGUUUUUAAAGGGCUAAAUAUUUAUGUUAUUGGCAGCAAUGACUUUUAUUCGCAACGUGAACAACUAAAAAAAUCGAAUUUGCCACUUAACACCACAUCAUUGCGCACUCUAACACCAUUCUGUAAAGUCUAUACCACUCUAAAAAAAGUACACAAAACGGGUCUUGGUUCAUCGGCAGCAAUGACAACUUCAUUGGUUGCAGCUUUGUUUGUUUAUUUCAAAUGCGUUAAAAAUGUUAAUGAUAUCAAGGAAAGAACAUUGAUCCAUAAUGCAUCACAAUUCUGUCAUUGUCUUGCUCAAGGCAAGGUUGGGUCUGGGUUUGAUAUUUCUGCCGCCGUUUGGGGAAGUCACGUAUGGGAUAAUCAAGUAAAACCAUUCACCCUUCCUCCAGAAUUUAAAAUGAUUCUUGCUGAGGUAGAUUCUGGAUCUAAUACACCAAGAAUGGUAGGCAAAGUGUUAGCAUGGCGUAAGGCAACUCCUGAACAAGCGAAUAUAUUGUGGAAUGCGAUUGCUUCUAGUUGCGCAAUUGUCAUUGAUAAUCUGAUCGAGUUAACUAGAGAAUAUGAAAAGGAUAAGACAGGAUAUUAUGACGCAAUUAGAACUUGUUCUUGUAUUAAAGGAUUUAGGUGGUCAAACCUUAUUAAUCAAGAACGACCGGGAAAACGAAUUUUCGAUUUACUUCAUUCUACUUUUACCGAAUUUCAAAAAGUUCGCCAAUCGCUACGUGAUAUGUCAAACAUGUCAGAUGCACCAAUUGAACCACCUGAGCAAACAAGAUUGCUCGAUGCAUGUACAAAUGUACCUGGUGUAGUUAUGGCUGGCGUCCCUGCUGGAGGGUAUGAUGCUAUAUUUUGCAUAGGCAUUGGAGAUAAUUUUGUUACGCAAGUUGAAAACAUUUGGGAAAAUUGGAUCGAAAUGAGUGUUGGACCUUUGCUAACAAAUGAAUCUUCAGAAGGAUUUAGGAAAGAGAACUUAGAAAAUGUAUUAG